AUGUCACACGACUUGACUCGAGUCAAGUCCCACACUACCACAGCUCUGUCCCCCUGCCCAGAGCUCUCCUUGGAGGAGUGGCAGUAUGUGCCUGUGUCAGUGUGCACUGACAGCUGUCCUCCAGGAACUCGUAAAGUGCUGCAGAAAGGAAAACCCAUCUGCUGUUAUGAUUGUAAACCCUGUCCUGAAGGAGAGAUAAGCAAUGUUACAGAUUCCCCCGAUUGUUUCCCUUGUCCCAAGGAGUUCUGGCCUAAUGCAGUGAGAGACACUUGUCUCCCCAAGCCUGUAGAGUUUCUUUCCUUCAACGAGGUCCUAGGAAUCAUCCUGGCUGCAUUCUCAGUUGGUGGUGCCUGUCUUACCAUUAUAACAACAACUGUAUUCUAUCAUCACAGGACAUCCCCGAUUGUCAGGGCCAACAACUCUGAGCUGAGCUUCCUGCUGCUCUUUUCCCUGACUCUGUGUUUCUUAUGUCCAUUAACCUUCAUUGGACCACCCUCUGAGUGGUCCUGCAUGCUGCGCCACACAGCAUUUGGGAUCACCUUUGUCCUCUGUAUGUCUUGUGUUCUCGGAAAAACAAUAGUAGUAUUAAUGGCCUUCAAAGCUACACUCCCAGGCAGUAAUGUGAUGAAAUGGUUUGGUCCUCCACAGCAAAGAAUGACUGUGGUAUUCUUCACAUUCAUUCAAGUUUUAAUAUGUACUAUAUGGUUGGUUCUUAGUCCCCCUUUUCCAGUGAAAAACCUCACCACAUACAAAGAAAGAAUCAUCCUGGAGUGUGCAUUAGGCUCAGCUAUAGGGUUCUGGGCUGUGCUUGGAUACAUAGGCCUACUGGCUGUCUUUUGCUUUGUGUUAGCUGUCCUAGCCCGGAAACUACCUGAUAAUUUUAAUGAAGCCAAACUUAUCACCUUCAGCAUGUUGAUAUUCUGUGCAGUCUGGAUCACCUUUAUCCCAGCAUAUGUCAGCUCUCCUGGGAAGUUUACUGUGGCUGUGGAGAUAUUUGCUAUUCUGGCCUCCAGUUUUGGACUAAUACUGUGUAUAUUUGCUCCAAAGUGUUUCAUCAUAUUGUUUAAGCCAGAGAAGAACACCAAGAAACAUUUAAUGAAUAAAACUCAAUCCUAA